GCAUCGCAUUUGGAGAAGGCAAGAAAGAAAGAGCAGGCCACAAUAAAGAUUUCUGAGAGAGAGAGAGAGAGAGAGAGAGAGGGAGAGCAAACCCUAGAUUGGUUUGUUGGGGUUUGACUUUCAGGUCCUGAGGAAAAAAGAUCGGUAUCUGAAUCAUUAGGCACAGAGAUCGCCCACAGUUUUGAUCAUUCAUCGCAAUAAGGAAUAAUAUCGGGUUUGGUCUGACUUGUUGUUUGGGGAGGAAUUUGUGAGGAAAGAGUGGUAAAGAUGAUGUCCAGGUCGUAUACCAAUCUAUUGGAUCUAGCAUCCGGGAAUUUCCCGGCGAUGGGGCGCGAAAAGAAGCGGCUGCCUCGGGUUAUGACUGUUCCGGGGGUUAUAUCUGAGCUUGAUGAUGAUCAAGCUAAUAGUGUGACAUCUGAUGUGCCCUCCUCCAUUGUUGUGGAUCGAUUAAUUAUUGUGGCUAAUCAACUUCCUGUUAAGGCUAAGCGUAGGCCGGAUAAUAAAGGGUGGAGCUUUAGUUGGGAUGAUGAUUCCUUGUUAUUACACAUUAAGGAUGGUUUACCGGAUGAUAUGGAGAUUAUUUAUGUUGGAUCUUUGAGAGUCGAGGUGGAUGCGAGUGAACAAGAUGAUGUGUCGCAGCUUUUGCUGGAUAGGUUUAAGUGUGUCCCUGCUUUUCUUCCUCAUGACAUUUUGACCAGAUACUAUCACGGAUUCUGCAAGCAGCAUUUAUGGCCACUAUUUCAUUACAUGCUCCCCUUUUCCGGGAGUCAUGGAGGUCGGUUUGAUCGGUCGUUGUGGGAGGCGUACGUGGCGGCAAAUAAGAUUUUCUCACAGAAGGUGAUUGAGGUGAUAAACCCGGAAGAUGACUACGUUUGGAUUCAUGAUUAUCAUUUGAUGGUUCUACCCACCUUCUUGAGGAGGCGCUUCAAUCGGUUAAGGAUGGGUUUUUUCCUCCACAGCCCAUUUCCUUCAUCAGAAAUAUAUAGGACUUUACCUGUGAGAGAAGAGAUUCUCAAAGCACUAUUAAAUUCGGAUCUCAUAGGGUUUCACACCUUUGACUAUGCUCGCCACUUCCUUUCUUGUUGUAGUCGGAUGCUGGGCUUGGAGUACCAGUCAAAGCGGGGUUAUAUUGGUCUGGACUACUACGGGAGAACUAUUGGAAUAAAGAUCAUGCCUGUUGGGAUUCACAUGGGACAGAUUGAAUCUGUUUUAAGGCUUGCAGAUAAGGAAUGGAGGGUUGAGGAGCUCAAACAGCAGUUCGAAGGAAAGACGGUGUUGCUUGGAGUUGAUGAUAUGGACAUCUUUAAAGGUGUCAAUCUGAAACUUCUGGCCAUGGAGCAGAUGCUUAAGCAGCACCAGAAAUGGCAGGGAAGGGCAGUAUUGGUGCAGAUCGCGAAUCCUGCUCGGGGGAGAGGAAAAGAUCUUGAGGAAAUACAGGCUGAAAUACAGGCAAGUUGCAAGAGAAUUAAUGACAGUUUUGGCCGACCUGGUUAUGAGCCGAUUGUCUUCAUUGACAGGCCAAUUUCUCUGAGUGAACGAGCUGCGUAUUACACCAUUGCAGAGUGUGUUGUUGUCACAGCUGUAAGGGAUGGCAUGAACCUUACCCCGUAUGAGUACAUUGUGUGCAGACAAGGAAUCUCCGAUUCUAGUUCAGAAUCAGAUGAGCCUAAGAAGAGCAUGCUUGUAACGUCGGAGUUCAUUGGAUGUUCUCCUUCGCUGAGUGGUGCUAUUCGGGUCAACCCCUGGAAUGUUGAAGCAGCUGCAGAAGCACUGAAUGAGGCAAUUUCAAUGGUUGACAGUGAAAAAGAAUUGCGUCAUGAAAAGCAUUACAAGUAUGUUAGCACACAUGAUGUAGCCUAUUGGUCAAGAAGUUUCUUCCAAGAUUUGGAGAGAACUUGCAAGGACCAUUUCAGAAGACGGUGUUGGGGAAUUGGUUUGAGCUUCGGUUUCCGAGUUGUAGCACUUGAUCCGAAUUUCAGAAAAUUGUCCGUAGAAGCAAUUGUAUCUGCUUAUUCAAGAGCCAAAAGUAGGGCUAUAUUGUUGGAUUAUGAUGGCACUUUGAUGCCCCAAACAUCCAUCAACAAGACCCCCAGUCAGGAGAUUAUAUCGUUUAUUAACAAACUUUGUGAUGAUGCUAGGAAUACUGUUUUUAUCGUAAGUGGGCGUGCAAGGGAAAGUUUGGGCAAGUGGUUUAGUCCAUGUGAGAAACUUGGUAUCGCAGCCGAACAUGGAUACUUCUUGAUGUGGUCCAAGGGCAAGGAAUGGGAAACUUGUAUGCAGAACAAUGAUUUUGGAUGGAUACAGAUGGCUGAGCCUGUCAUGAAAUUAUAUACUGAAUCUACUGAUGGUUCCUAUAUUGAAACAAAGGAAAGUGCAUUGGUUUGGCACCAUCGUGAUGCGGAUCCUGGUUUUGGAUCGAGCCAGGCCAAGGAGAUGUUAGAACAUUUGGAAAGCGUGCUCGCGAAUGAGCCUGUUGAAGUCAGAAGCGGUCAGUUCAUUGUUGAAGUGAAACCUCAGGGAGUGAGUAAAGGUGGUGUUGCGGAGAAGAUCUUUACAUCAAUGGCUGAACGUGGAAGGCAGGCUGACUUUGUACUGUGUGUUGGUGAUGAUAGAUCCGAUGAGGACAUGUUUGAGAUCAUUGGCGAUUCAAUCAACAGUGGUAUACUCUCCUCUAAUGCAUCGGUUUUUGCUUGCGCUGUUGGACAGAAACCGAGUAAAGCCAGGUACUACUUGGACGACACAACUGAAGUCACCAACAUGCUUGAAGCUCUAGCCGAAGUGUCAAGCCCUCCAUCAUCAACGGAACUUGGGAGGGAAAGCGCCUCUUGAAAGCUGCCACUUCCGGCUAGUCCACGUCUAAAGACUCUGGUUCUCUCCCACUGAAUACCCUGUAGAUGAUGUCGUGCCAGCCCUUGUGGAAGGUAGUGAAGGAUUUCUGAUCGAUCUGUUGGGAAAGGAAGUGAUGGAUGUGCUAACGAUUAAGAGCAUUGGCAGAAGAUUGGACUUCCUACGAGUAGAGUUGAGGGCUUACUGAGUUGCGGGUGAGAUGUGGUAAGACAAGUUUAGAUGUCUGCUCGAACAUCUGAUUUACGAAGAAUUUGCAGUCAUCCAGAGACUGACAUGCAAAUAAAGCGAGCGAUUUCUUUCUACGGGGCCAGAUUAUUUCCCGGCCUCCAGGAAUGCAUCCAUGGGAAUGGGAGGCCGGAAAGCUCGGUUGCUGCAACUGACAUUCAUCUUUGAGUUUGAGGCAGUCACCAUCUUCACGUUUCGCUUAAUUUAAAGCUGCCUGGAAACGAAGUUUAACUUUCUGGGAUUCAGUUGAGAAGACGUUUGUAAUUGUAACAUUGAUAUUAUGAGUUAGAAUUGACCGUACACAGUGGCUUCUUCUUGACCUAUUCUGUUUUUUUUUUAUUUAUUUAUUUAUUUUGGGGGUCAUUUUGAGUGAAACUGUUAUGAUUACUGGUAAUCCAAUUUGUUAAAUUGUUUAUGUAAAUGUACGAUUUGAAAGCAUCCUUAAUGCACGAGACUCUUCGCCUA